CUAGAGAUUCUGGGACUUCUAGUAAUUUUCCCCGUGGUCUCCUGGUGGCAGCGAUUUCGUAAUGCUUUAAAACUUCGUCGUCAAGAAAGUUAAGCGUUUGUUAAAAGAUCGAGCUAGUUGUUCGUUCAAUGUCUUUGUGGUUGUGAAAAGGUACAUCAACUUAUCAAUCAUCAGGUCAUCACUUUUUGGUAUUUGAAGGUAAAGGUACAUGUUGUUCUGGUUUAAAGGUUAUAACAUACGGCCAUCAAAAGAAUCAGCCAAGAUUUCGUCGUCCAUUGAAUACAGCAUUUUACCCAGAAGAAGCCGAUUUUUACAUUGGCAUAGAACUGCUUGCAUGAUUUCUAGUAUAGAAAAAGAAACUGAGUGUUUAUACAAUAAGAGACAAAAUUUGUUGCAUAAGGAGCUUCAAUUUUAUAGCCGGGGCAAAUGCAGUAAGCACCAUUUAAAAAGUGUUUCCAGAAAGUAUAAUAAACCAAAAGAAUAUAUAAAUAAACUCAUUAAGCUGAAUUGUCCGCUGUCAUCAUGCUCAACGUCAACCGCAAAGUUACUGAUCAAUUCUACCGCUAUAAAAUGCCGAGAAUCAUAGCGAAAGUUGAGGGGAAGGGUAAUGGCAUUAAAACGGUUAUUGUCAACAUGGCUGAAAUUGGUAAAGCAUUAUAUCGUCCACCAGCCUAUCCAACAAAGUUUUUUGGUUGUGAACUUGGUGCUCAGACGCAAAUUGAUAAGAAAAAUGAUCGUUAUAUUGUAAAUGGCUCUCAUACUAGUGAGAAGCUACAGGAAAUCUUGGAUUCCUUCAUAGAGAAAUUUGUUUUGUGUGAAUCAUGCGACAACCCUGAAACUACAUUUGUGGUACAGCCUAAAAAAGAAAAAAUCACAUCAGUCUGUUCCGCAUGUGGAAACAGCAGCCUAAUUGAUAUGCGACAUCGCUUGGCAACAUUUAUUGUGAAAAACCCACCUAUUGAUGACUCUGCUACUCCUCAGAAAUUGAAAAAGCUUCGAAAAGAGAAGGGUAGUCAGGAAAACGGUGACGCAAGUCCAACCGAAGAAUCUGGGUUUGAUGGUUGGAGUGAUGACAUUCCAGCAAAUGAUACAUCAAUAGAUGACUGGAGUGAGGAUACCAGUAAAGAAGCUGUACAGAAGCGUAUGGAACAACUUGGAGAUGGUGUGAAAGGAUUGACUUACCAUGAUGAUUUGGAGAAAUCUGUAGAAGAGCGCUUUAACUUGUUCUUUAAGUUCGUUAAGAAUAAGAUUAGAGCAGGUACGGAGAAUAUCCCAAGUAAGGACAUCGUUGCAGAAGCCGAACGUUUGGAUAUCAAAGAUAAAGCUGUUAUCGCAUUGGCAGAGCUGUUGUUUAGUGACAACAUUCUUGCGCAGAUAACGCAAUAUCGAGUUUUGCUUUUGCACUUUUUGGCCAACAACCAGAAAGCACAAAAACACUUUAUGGGUGCUUUUGAACUGUUGGUUGGACAGUACUUUCCUAAUAAGCUGAUGCCCAAGGUUGCUCAUAUUUUGAAAUCGUUUUACGACAACGACCUUGUAGAAGAGGAAGUGCUCCUCGAAUGGGGUUCAAAGGUGUCCAAAAAAUACGUAAAAAAGAGCGUAUCUGAACAAAUUCAUGCUAAAGCCAAACCUUUUAUUGAUUGGUUGAAAACUGCUGACGAAGAGUCCGACGAAGAAGACGAAGUUGAAGUUGUUUAUACGAAUCGUUCAGAAGCAGCCGUGUUGAAAGAAGAAGCCAUGAAAAAAGCCCCUCCCCCUCCUGCCGAAGAAGAUGAUCUUGAUAUCGAUGAUAUCUAAAUAAAUGUUGAACGUUUGUUCCUGUCUUGAAUUUAUUAAAGAGUAGUUCACAAUUUGUUAAAAAGAAUAAAAGUUUAGUAAUUUUUCCUGUUCUAAAAAAGCACGGUUUUUUUUGAAAUGUAAAGAAUAUGAAUUUGCAGAUAAUAAUAAGACAUCUGGUGUUU